AUGGAAAGACUCUCCACCAUAUUUUUUGAAACAGCCUUUGACAUUAAUCAAGUUGAAGGAUACUGGAGCCAGGAAAUUCUUAGGUAUUUGACCAUUCCUCCUUCAAAUUAUCUGGCAAAUGCCCAGCAUCCAUUCAAUGGCUCGAGAGGGGAAGGAAAUGAUAAUGAUACUAGUAGGAUGAGGAAUGAUGCUAGUAGGAUGAGGCCUAAGAAGAUGCUUCGCCGAUCAAAAGACAAUGAUGGUGUUUGCACUGGCAGCAAAGAAUUGUUGACCUUAAGGUAUAUAAACAUGCAAAGCUUUCAUACUAGUAGGGUUGCUGGCAAAACUGGAUAUGCCUUUUUGUCCACAGCAGAGGUUAUGCAAAAUCCUCCUCAAAGUCUACAUGUUAGUUCUGAAGUUGAAGUGCUAUCUCAGGACAGUGGGAUUAGAGGUUGUUGGUUCAGAGCUUCAAUAAUUAAGAAGCACAAAGAUAAGGUGAAGGUGAGAUAUCAAGAUAUUAGCGAUGCAGCUAAUGAAGCCCAGAAAUUAGAGGAAUGGGUUUUGGUUUCUAGGGUCGCUGCUCCUGACCAAUUGGCCAUCCGGAUUAGUGGAAGGACUGUUGUCCGGCCCACUCCCCAGUUCAAUAAAGGCCAAAUGGCAUCAGUUGCUGAUGUUGGGACUGCUGUAGAUGCUUGGUGGAACGAUGCUUGGUGGGAAGGCAUUGUUGUCCAUAAAGAAACUGAAGAUAGAAUUCAUGUUUUUUUCCCAGGUGAAAGGAGGGAAUCAGUUUUUUGCUGUUCUGACCUGAGACUGUCCCUAGAAUGGUUGGGAAAUAGGUGGAAACAUAUCAAGGAAAGGCCAGAUAUUCUGUCACACUUAUCAUCCUGCUUGGCAAGAAAGCAACUAACUUUCGUAUCUGAUGAGAGCAAAUUGGCCCAAGUUGCCAUUCCUGGUUCCAGGCAUUCAGGAAAGGCCAACCCUGAAUGUGGCGAUUAUCCUUCGGAAAGUAGACUUGAUAUGAGAAAAGAGUUGAAGGUGCUUCCAGAUCUUUCGAAGGAUAAUUUGCUUGCCCAAUUGAGGUGGAGCUCAGUAAAGAAGAGAAGACGUGGUAAUGGGAGUUCUGGCCAUAAGAUGCAUCACAAUAGACAUCUCAAGCAGAUGUUAUGUUUCAGUCUUUUGCAGAGUUAUAUGUCUAGAUAAUAGGGUUUUAUGCUUAUGAUAGAUUUCCAAUGUUGAUGACCUUGAAAGUGGAUUAAGAGAGCUGCUAUACAUCUGGGGUUUUUCUCUGUUGAGAGCCUCUAAACAAUCCUGGUUAUAAAUCUAUAGGAUAGGCUUCGUAUUGUUGGGAUGUAGAAGAGUUGACAUCCAUCUCUGGAAGUGGAACAUAUUUCCAUGGUGCUUCCUUCUUGAGAAGAGAUGGCAUGCAAGCUCAUCUUCACCGGAGCUUUGUAUUUGUAUCUAACAGUAUCCGCUGGGACCGUGAAUAUCAGGCAGCAAUUUUGAAUGACCUUACAGGGUUAUAACCCCUGCAUGCAAUUGUACCUUUCAAAGACUUGCAUGAUGAUUUCUGCUUUUGAUCUGUAAUCUGUAUAUUAUCUCUGGUAAUAAAAUUAUCCCAUUUCACCUUUUCUUCA